UAAACUUAUAUGAGUACCUAAUGUCACUUCUUGUAAAUUUUAAUUGUGUUUACUGUUUACAAAAACUCAGUUUUGGAUUAGAACUUCUACACUUUUAUAUUUUUCUCCAGUUAAUUAUGGACAGUAGGAACUUAAACAAGGACGGUGAAACGUGUAUUCACGGAACAUGUUUAGAUAUGUGCCCACCACAGGAGAUGAACUUGUAGGAGAAAAAGGGAGAAAUUGGUUCAUAAAUUAGAAGUUACAACGGAAGGUUACAAAUUAGUUAAAUGCUAUAGUCGCUCAGCGGCAGAUUCGAACAUGGCUGUACCCAGCCAACUUCGACCCUUCCCCACACUUAUGGCAACAACACAAUAUUUGUUAUUAAAUGUUUCAAAAAGGAAAGAUGUCAAAAUGUCAGUCAUAUACAAUUUCUUGGAUGACCGUCUCAGAUCUGUGAGGCAGGAUAUGACGAUACAAAGGUUGCAGCCAGAGGAGUGCGUCAAACUUCUGGAACCCAUGAUUAGGUUCUAUUGCUACUACAGCUACAGAUUGUGUGAAUAUCCCUUAAGAGAAUUUGAUCCUGUUCUCAAUAAGAAGUAUUUACUUGAAUGUAUGAAAUGGUUCCUAGCAUGCUGUGAUGCUUUGGAAAAAACAGAUUUAGAAUCUAUGACGGACAUUUUGAAGGAUUUAAAUCUUAGUAAAGACAAUAUAUUGUCAUGUGAUAGAACUUUAGUUGAGAGUCUUUAUGUGCUAUGCAACCUGUCCGAUAUCCAUCCACUAUAUCGUUAUUUGUCACUACCGAAUCAUUUGAAAAGAUCAAAACUAAAAUUGGCUUAUGAAAUAGCUGUGGCCAAUAUGCUCGGGAAUUAUGUGAGAGUUUGGAGACUAGCGGAGCAACUGUGUCCGCUCACAUUCGCCGCUCUAUGUUUAUACCUCCCAACAAUGCAGAAACGAGGGCUACGAGUCAUCAGUAGUGCAUACAACAGUAAGCGGCUGAAUGUGCCCACCAAGGUUAUUCAACAAUGGCUCGGCUUCAACUCUGAGGAGGAAGUCAGGGUUAUGUGCGCUUACUAUGGACAGACGGCCACUGAUGUUGUCUGCUUCAAUAAUGCUCUGUUCAAAUCUGAUGCUGAGGUGCCACAGCCGAAGCAACACCACAUGGCGCGGAUCUCAAGAUUGGCACUAGGUGACGUCAUGUUCUACACGAUUUAAAUGUCACUCGUUUUUCCAUUUAUCUACAUUUCAACCAAAGACAAAUAAUCGUUACUUGACGCGGUGCCACGACCCACACAACGAUGUAUUAUAAAUAAAACAUUGCAAUAUAAAGGGAA